CUCUUGCCGCAGCGCGUCGCCCUGAGCGCAUUCCUGUUACACUGAUUUCACCGGACCACAGAGGCUUCACAUUCCUCUGUAGGCGCGGUGGUUUUUCCCGAGCUGCAGGUUGUUUUGUGUUAACUGGAAGUAAAGGGGUGUUUUAAUUCGGUACCGGGAAGCUAAUAACGCCGUUUGUGCGCUUUAGCGACAGUAGCUGCUAGCUGUUAGCCGCAGGUGGAGAGGGGACACGGUGGGAAAUGGACCAGCAAUCAGAGAGUGUACCUGCCCGUUUUCAACCCGUGUGACGGACUCAGUGGAGUUUCAUUUCAGUGUUUUUUUUGGCGAUGGCGGGCUGCUGGCAGUCGUGCCGCCGCACCUGUAUGUGCUGUCUGUCCGAGGAGGAGAAGGUAACCAUCGCUGUGGACAAACAGAUCAAGAAGAUCCUCAAGCAGCAGAAGAAGAAGGAGAGAAGGGAAAUUAAAAUCCUCCUGCUGGGUACUGGGGAGAGCGGAAAAACCACCUUCAUCCGACAGAUGAGGAUCAUCCACGGACGAGGCUUCUCAGAGGACGAGAGGAGGGCCUUCUCCAAAUGCAUCUUCCAAAACAUCUUAACCGCCAUGAAGGCCAUGACAGGAGCCAUGACCACGCUCAGAAUCCCCUAUUCCAACCCAGAGAACGAGAUCUACGCCAAGUGGCUGCAGGAUGUAAACACGGUGCAGAUCACCCAGCUGGAGCGGGGCUACGUCGACGCGAUCCGCCGCCUCUGGGCUGACCUGGGCAUCCGGGUCUGUUACAGCCGCCGCUGCGAGUACCAGCUCCUGGACUCCACGGAAUACUACAUGAGUAACCUGGACCGCAUCUCCGCCCCAGACUACAUCCCCACAGAACAGGACGUGCUGCGAGUUCGAUUCCCCACCACAGGCAUCCAUGACUACUCCUUCGCCAUCAAGACCAUCACACUAAGGAUUGUGGACGUGGGCGGUCAGAAGUCGGAGCGUCGGAAGUGGAUUCACUGUUUUGAGAACGUCACCUCCCUCAUCUUCCUGGCCUCCCUCAGCGAGUACGACCAGGUCCUGGAGGAAAGAGAAACCAUUAACCGUAUGCAUGAGAGUCUGGCUCUGUUCUACACCACCAUCCAUUCUCCAUGGUUCCACAGCACCUCCAUCAUCCUCUUCCUCAACAAAACUGACAUCCUUGCUGACAAAGUCCAGACCUCUGACCUGCAGAAAUACUUCCCCAGUUUCACAGGUAAAAGGCGAGACCCCGAAGACGCCAAGAACUACAUUUGCAAGUUGUACGAGCAGCAGGCCAUCAACCGCGACAAAAGAGAGGAACGGAAAACUCUCUACCCGCACUUCACCUGCGCCACAGACACCAACAACAUCCGCAGGGUCUUCAGCGAUGUCAAGGACACGGUGCUGCUCAAGUCUCUCAGGGACUAUGGGGUCAUCUGAACUAUUACUCUGAUGGAAAAACUGGAGGAAAACUGUGGUUCUUCUUUCUAUCUGGACUCGUAUGAGUGAAGGACCUAGUAAAGGCCAAAACGUCAUUUAUUUUUCCACAUUGAAAGAAAUGUAGGAUUAUUUCUAAAAAAAAAACCAAUAAGACCAUCGCCCAUCCUUUGUGCUUCUGAGCAGGUGGAGAAAGAAAGGACGAGUUUGUACUCUUCUCUCACCUUCACCACCAACACUACUCCUCUUCCUGUCAAGGUAAAAGCCUGAAGACAUUCAGGUAUAUUGGGGCUCAUCAGACUUCUGAUCAGGGAGCGAGAACUAGUAAUCAUCCUCAUUUCUCUCAGCUAGCAGCUUUAUCCCCAUUUUUAUUUUUAUUUUUAUUUUUUAUUUUUUUUAAAAGAAGAAGUGUUUGGGUCAUGCAGUGACUGAAUUCAUCCAUAAUUGAAGCAGGUGCAGAGUGCGGUGCUGCCAUGAACAGAGUAAUGACUUUUACAAGUGGAGAUGGGUUCAUGCUUGGGUACACCACCGGGUCACACACAUGCUUUAUUUGAAUCCACAAGGUACAUUCAGACGUAGUAGAUACAAACACACUGUAAACAGUUUCCAUUGUGUACCAUAAAUGGCAAUACAUGAGUUAAAAUCUGCUGCACCUUUUUACUUAAAGAUACUUCUUGGGUUUUCCAUGCCUCCACUUGACAGGACAGAUGAAGACAGACAGGAAAAGGUUCAGGCUCACAUGGGGCGCCCACUCCACCAAGCGAGCCACCACAUUGCAACCUUUUAUUAUUGGACAUCCUGAACCAGGGGAUUUAUUCUCUGUUCUUAAUGUCACCACAGCUUUUGAUUGUUUCACAAACACUAUGCUCCUGUCAGACUGCCAAAAUCCUUAUUGAUUACAGUUAUCUCACACUGGCAAUAUUUCUUACAUAUUAUCUUAUUCAGCACAUCUGUUCAGCACUGUCUCUAUCAAUUGUCUCGUGCCAUAACAGUAGUAACAUUUUCACUGUGCUCCACAACCAGCACAAGCAGUGAAUGAAAGAAAACAAAGACAAUGGAUGUGAAGUUCACAUAGUUUGAAGGAGCAAUGUGUAGGAUUUAGUGACAUCUAUUGGUGGAGUUUCAGAUUGCAACUAACUGAAUGCUGCUGGUGUCUGUAUUUGACCUGGGAAUGAGAACGGGCGGUGAACUGUAGUAAACAGUACGGUAGAUGGGAAACUCAUGAAAAACAGCAAUAGGUCCUAACUAUGGCCAGUGUUUGGUUUGUUCGUUAUUAGCUACUGUAGAAACGUGGCAGACUCCAUCUCUCAGCGUCUGUAAAUAAAACGUCUCAUUCUAAGGUAACUACAACACAACAAUGCCUAUAUUCAGGUGAUUAUACUCUAAUGAAAACACAUCUAUGAAUAUUAUAUUAACUUCUAUCAAUACAUCCUAAGACUGGACGUCCAGACUGGACCUUUUAAAAAUAUAGAAACCAAAUGCUUCUAAGAAUUGAUAUUUCUAGCUUCUGUUCAAGAGCUUUGAAUAGGUCAAAGCACUUUUUUUUUAAAAUUAAAAUCCUCCACUAAUGAAUUUGCAUUUCUUAUUCAAACACCAAUUAAAGUGCACCGUGAAGCACUGGGUAAUGAGGCAGGUAUGAUGUUUUUAGUAGGUUGGUGAUUAACGAAUCUACCUGUUGUUGACACGCAUUUAUUGUGCAAGAGACUGAAUCCUGACCUACUCCACUCCACUGGUGCUUUUAUGUUUUACAAGUUUUGGGAAAACUUUUGAUGGAUGUGCAGUAAAAAGUCCUGACCAUCAGAUCCGUUAACAUUCUCCAAGAUGUUCAUUACUGGUGCCUUACUGUUAGGAGGGGAGAGAUAAGCACAUGAAGAAGGAGAUUUGGAUGGUUUAAAGGUCCAAAACACUGGGGAAUACUGGGGAAGGGACAGCCCAUUGUUAUGAAUUUCUGCAACUUUACUGCUCUCGUAGUGUCUUUCAGGUCAGCCGUUUACAGCGAAAACGUUCUAAUAAAACCUGCUCAGCAUAAAACAGCAGACCGAUAUAGUCUGCAACAAGCCGGUGAACACGGUGGAGCAUUUAGCAGCUCAAGAGCCAGAUAUGUCCCUCAGGAGCUGGUGGAGACUUAAAACAGAGCUAAAAGGAGAAUAAAUAUUGGACAGGUCGCCAGAAUCACAACUACUGUUGCUCCAUAACUGCUGGAUGUGUAAACUAACAGUUCACCAUAUCAAAUUAAAAGGUCACUCUUGUGUCUAGAGCUUGUUUCCACUGCCCCAAAGUGCCUAAAACGAAGGCUUAAAUUAAGUAUUUAAAAGUCUAUUUUUCAGUGUAGUUUGUGAAAUGUGCCUGUUUUAUACUUUUUUAAAAUUAAGUGUUCAUACAGCAGCUUUCUAACAGUGCGACUUUGAAGUUUUCAGCUACUUUUAAAAGUCCAAAGACGUGUGGUUUAAAAGACUGUGCAUCACGAUCCUCCAUUCAAUUUGCCUGUCAGCUCAACGCAAUUAAUACUCUUCAUUAAAAUUAAUACCAGAAAUUUGAGCACAAAUCACAGCUGGGGGGGCUGACAAGUUUUUAAAGGUCACGAGUGACGGAACUGAGAUUUGUUGGUCCUGCAAGAAAACAGCUCGAUCCACACCGACGAGUUGAAAUCAACAACGGGUGAAAUCCAACAGGCCGAUGAGCUGAGUAAAGGGUAAAGAAUAUUAAUAUGAGGUGGCAGUGUGAAGUCUCUGUGCGUCCUAUUUAUAUCAGUGUGUGGAGAGGGGAACUUUAUGAUAUUGAUUAGAAGCGUGAGUUCUUCCCCACCGUGUGCGUCAUUGAGUGUUUGUUGAGUGGAAAAUGACAUUGAAAUUCAUUAAAUGCGUCUGUUGUGUGGUUUCGGCUGCUGUUUUGUUAAUAGUACAUAAAGUGUUUUUGAUCUCCACUGCUGCAUUGUUAAAUCUUUUUGAUGCCUUCAAACACAAAUGUAUACUUUUACUGUACAUUCACUGAUUACUACUAUACCUUUUGAUUGAUUUAUAACUGAUGUAUUAUAUUAUUGUUUACUAACAGCACAUAAACUGUGACUAGAAAGGGUAUUUGCUAGUGAACUACUUUUUCGUGCAUUGGGAGACCGCCUCUCAUACGGUGACAGUGAAUUAUUCUGUGUAGACUCGGGUGGAGGACAUGGGCAAAUAUUUUUUUUCUAGUUAAUAUUAAAA